ACGAACCUCAACAUCCGACAUCAUCCCUCACUAUUUGCUACCUACAGCUGCGCCGCAACCAUGCUCUCCCGGCGCAUUGCAGCGGCCCGUCCGCUCACCCGCGCACUCGUCCCGGCCGCACGACCUCGAUUCACCCAGGUCCGAACUGCCAUGACCGAAGCUGAGCGACUGGAGAUUGAGGAUCCGAAUAUGAACGGUGGCUACCUCAACCCCCCGCCUAUCAAGCGACAGUUCCGUGACCCAUACGGCGACUGGUGGGACAAGCAGGAACGACGCAACUUCGGGGAACCUGUCCACGAGGACAACGACAUUCUCGGCAUCUUCUCUACAUACGAAUACACACACUUCACGGCAGGGUGGGGAGGAGUGUUGCUUGGCACUUUUGUUGCUGCCGUUGUCGGCCUGGCUGGGGCUGUGAGUCUAGUGUAUCCCGACAAGAUUUCGGUGCCGAAGACAUAUGAGGGUGGGCUUGAGGCGGAAUUGGGCGGCCCACGUGCUGUAAGGGCGGCGAAGGAAGGCGACGAGCCCUUUUCGACUUGAUGAAGCGCAGAUAGUGCGUUGUAUAUAGUUUCCCAGGCAUCUAGUAGUGUCAUCUUUUGAAGAACAGUUUCAUUGCGUC